AUGAGCGUCUCAAUGAAAUAUGUUGCCGCCCGUGGGGCAUCUUUCCAACUGCCAGGUCUCAGCGGACAGUCGGACAACGUCUCCUCGGCCGAGGACGCCAGCAGACCCGAGGACGUGUUCCCGGUCGACUCGAUGGUCUGUGGAGCUGUGCUCUCGAUCCUGGCUCUCUUCAUGGUGGCCGUGAACGGACGAGUUAUUCUGGCCUUUAUUCUGGACAAGAAACUGUGGUAUCCUAGUAACCUACUUGUACUGAACCUCUCCGUGUCGGACUUUUUGUUCGGUUUGAUCUCUCUCCCGUUACUGACUGUGAACCAGGUGACGGGCCGGUGGGUCUUAGGCCAGACCGCCUGCUCUCUGUGGCAGUUCGUCACCUUGUGGAUGAGAUGUGAAUCUGCCUUGACCGUGGCGCUGAUCAGCUUCGACCGAUACCUCAUGGUGAAGCGGGCGGCGGAGUACCGCAGGAAGACCCGCCGGACAGAGACGUUAGUCCUGGUAGUGGGCAGCUGGGUGCUGUCCUUGGUGCUGACGGGACCUGCCGUACUCGUGUGGGACGUCCUCAUGGUAAACGGUGUUGUCUGGGAGGAGAGAUGUCUGACAGACUUUGUGUUGGAGGCGCCGGCCUACAACAUGUUUCUACACACCCUGAUGUUGGUGGGACCCAGCGCGAUCAUGACGUUCUGCUACCUACAAGUCGUGCGUGACCUCAAGAAGCGUGCCAAGCGGCGCGCUAAGAACAAGUCGCCGCUGCCGCACGGAGCCGGCCGGUUCGAGAACAAGGAAAAGGCAAAGGAGUCACCUGAAGACAACAGUAGUGAAAAGUCUAAGUCACCGCCAUCAACAGUGCGGUCUUGUCGCCAGGCAAAGAUGGACGUAUUGGUGACAAUCGCGGAGACAAAAGAUAAAUGUCAGGGAGCCUACCCGGCCUUUGCCGUCGCAAAUACCAUCUUAUGUAAUCAAAGCUCUCCGAAAUCUACAGUAAAACAGAAUGUGUUCUAA